AUGGCCAUCUUCGACUCAGAGAAGCGCCCACGAGGCCUGCGUGUCCCAUCCCUUGCAGCAAUGAAGUCUUCUGCUGCAGCCAAGUCGCAGUUUUCGUUCCACAGCAAGAAAUCCACGGAAUCCGUGCCAUCCGACGACGCAACCCUGAAGCCAACCCCUCCACCAAAGCCAGCACCGCCACCAAACAAGGAGCUUCCGAUUCCCCCUCAGGACCUGCCAGCCAUCCCGGCCCCCUCUCAACUCACCGACAACCCAUACUUCCCACCAAUCCGCGAUGCCUCCGAGCGGCGCCCCAUCCAACGGGUCCCUGUCCCUGCGCCUGCAUCCGCGCCAGCUCCCGCACCAGCGCCAGCGCCCGCUCCUGCACCAGCUCCUGCACCAGCACCCGCAACAGCCCUCGGAAAGGGCCCCGCGCCCCGCACAACCGGACUGCGCAGCCCGAUCUCGCAGCCCGAUCUGCGCAUCCAGGAGCCUUCCCCGCCGAUAACGCUGCCCCCCGCGCCCCAGGACGAGCCCCAGCGCGAGAUCGAAGUCCCUGACGAGCCCAGUCCCCAGCCUGAAGAUUUCAUCCCCACACCCGAUAGCGCAGAGCCGCUUGAGGUCCCCUCUGCGCGCUCGGAGGCCCCCUCCCCCUUCGUCCCGCCGGAUGUGGAGCCCGUCGCGCCGAGCUUGGACAAGAUCCACUUGACCUGUUAUCAGCAGCAUCGCGCGAUGCCGGUUGCGCAAAACGUGUGGUGUCCGAUGCCUUGCAUGACGUGUAACAAAUUCGAUACCGAGAUCAGGCACCGAUGUGUGUUUUGCUGUUUGCGCGUUUGCGUAGGCUGUUAUCAGACUUUGCAGAAGUGCAAGAAUCGGUCUGUGGAGGAGCUGGUUGAUCGCAUUGCGUGA